CUUUUCUUCGCUCCCAUUUUUGAUAUCCAACUUUUCUUUUGCCCACAAAAAGUACAAAUAUUCUUCUAAUUCGCGUUUGCCUUUUGGACUAGCACACAAAAGUCUCAUACAAGCACUGACCAUAUUCAUUCGUCUUCAUACAACGUCAACACUUUCUCCAUGGGUGCCUGUUCAAGUUGUUGCGCUGACCGUGAUCGAAACGGUCUUUAUGAGCCCGUGCUCCAGGAGAAUGAGCGUGAGGCUGUAGCUGAUUUGCUGCAGUUCUUGGAGAACCGUACAGAGACAAACUUUUUUGAGGGAGAUCCUCUGCGUGCUUUAUCCACGUUGGCCUUCUCCGAUAAUGUUGACUUGCAGCGCUCGGCAGCUCUUGCAUUCGCAGAGAUUACAGAAAAAGAUGUAAAGGCUGUAGAUCGGGACACCCUGGAGCCUGUUCUGUUCCUUCUUCAAUCACACGAUGUGGAAGUCCAGAGGGCUGCCUCUGCUGCCCUGGGCAACUUGGCUGUCAAUCCCGAGAACAAGUUGCUAAUUGUCAAGCUCGGAGGGCUCGAGCCACUUAUUCGUCAGAUGCUUUCGCCCAAUGUUGAAGUCCAGUGUAACGCUGUAGGCUGCAUUACCAAUCUUGCUACGCAUGAUGAAAACAAGACAAAGAUUGCAAAAUCUGGGGCUUUGGUCCCUUUGACACGAUUGGCAAAAUCCAAGGAUAAGAGAGUGCAGCGAAAUGCAACAGGUGCACUCCUCAAUAUGACACACUCAGACGAGAAUCGUCAACAGUUGGUCAACGCUGGAGCCAUUCCUGUGUUAGUUAACUUACUGACUUCGUCAGACACAGAUGUGCAAUACUACUGCACCACAGCUCUCAGUAAUAUUGCUGUAGAUAGCGCCAACCGGAAAAGGCUUGCACAGACAGAACCCAAGCUCGUAAAUGCAUUGAUUGGACUAAUGGAUUCGACCAGUCUCAAAGUAGAGUGCCAGGCUGCGUUAGCACUUCGCAAUUUAGCGUCAGACGAAAAGUAUCAGCUUGAGAUUGUACGCUCUAGGGGCCUGACGCCCUUGCUUCGCCUGCUGCAAUCGACGUACUUACCCUUGAUUCUAUCGUCUGUGGCCUGCAUUCGUAACAUCUCGAUCCAUCCUUUAAAUGAAUCCCCCAUUAUCGAUGCGGGAUUCUUGGAGCCCCUGAUUGAGUUAUUGGCAUACGACGAGAAUGAGGAGAUUCAAUGCCAUGCCAUUUCAACUCUCCGUAACCUGGCAGCCAGUAGUGAGCGCAAUAAGAAGGCGAUCGUUGAGGCAGGAGCUGUGGAGCGUGUUUGCACCUUGGUUUUGAAUGUACCUCUUAGCGUACAGUCCGAGAUGACUGCCUGCGUCGCCGUUUUGGCUCUGAGUGAUGAGCUUAAGCCAAGGCUACUUCAGCUAGGUGCAUUGAAUGUAUUAAUCCCUCUUACUGAAUCGCCUAGCGUGGAGGUACAGGGUAACAGUGCAGCUGCGAUUGGAAAUUUGUCAUCCAAAGUCGAGGACUAUGGGCCGUUUAUUAAGGUUUGGGACCAGCCUGAGCGCGGACUUCACGGAUACCUAUCCCGGUUCUUGGAAAGCCCAGACACAACAUUCCAGCAUAUUGCGAUCUGGACAAUUGUGCAGUUCUUGGAGGGCGACGAUAGCGAUCUGAUUGAAUUGAUCACACGCUCGAAUGAUGUUAUACCCGCGGUCAAGCGACUGACCACGUCGCUUGAGUCAGACCCAGCACAGCAGAAUCAGCAACAGCUGGAUGAUGGCAUGACGGACGAAAGUGAGAUUGUUGGAUUGGCACGACGUGUUCUGAGUAUGCUGGAUGUAAAAUGCCAAGAGGCACGUUCAUGGUUAAUUUGAUGUUUAAAAUAAAAAAUAACGGUCGUAAUAAUUAGGCCCCUAUGACGGUCCAAUGUUAGGACUUGCGCCUAAAGGUC